AGAACCACUUCCGCUGUGCAGUAGUUCGUUAGCUAGCUAGUGGUGGUCGUGAAAAGGUGGACUGUAAACAUUUGCACGGUUAUAACUGUAACUGUCUCAUUAUCAUCACCACAUGUACUGGACUAUGUUGAAAAUGCAGGCUAGUUACAAGUUGUGUAUUUUCAACUUUCAGGUUGAUCCAUGCGCGGCGCCGACAGGGAGCUUGCUAAAGAGACGAAAACGAAAGAAGCGUGGCUGAGGUGAUGGAGAGUGUAAACGGAGAAGGGGACAAGGAGUCUGAGGUGGUGGAGCUGCGUCUCAAAGUAGAGUCGCUGAAGCAGGAGCUCAAAGAGUGCAGAGCCGAGCUGGUCAAGUUACAGAAGCAGCUGAGCCAGUCUGAGAGGCUGCAGAGGAGCACGGAGAGCUACAACGAAGAUCUGAGGAAACAGGUUGACCAGCUGAGCGUUGAGAUUCAUGAACGUAAGAAGAAAGAAAAAGACAGAAUUGACAAUGAAACUCAGACAGAUGAAUAUGUGUGGACAGAAACAGAUUACUACAACUACUAUUACGGAGGCUGCUAUCAAAAUCCAGAGGCAACAGAUACCCAGGAAGACGUUAAAACUGUAGUACCAGCAGAAGCAGAGGCAGCGGCAAAGGCAGAAGGACAUAAUGCAGCUGAUUACAGUGAGAUGGCUGAGGUUUCAACACAGAAUGAAACAACAACAACAGCAGCAGCAGCAGCAGCAGUAGCAGCAGUAGAGGAGUCUGGACAACCUCAGAGCACUGAUGUAGUCACAACAGAGGAAGGUGAUGCAGGAUCUAUUGCUGAUAUACUGAGGGCCACUGCUGAAGAGGCUAUGACACAGACUGGGUUUAUCUUUGAUGAGACUACCGGGAUGUACUAUGACCACAGUACAGGCUUCUACUACGACUCGGUCAGCCAAUUGUACUAUGAUGCCAACACUGGCAUUUACUACUACUAUGAUGCAGAGAGUGGACGUUACCAGUUUCACUCCAGGAUUGAGGUUCCUGCCCAGACUGCUACAGAAACUUACCAAGAUAGUAACACUGCUGAAAAAAGACUCUGGAAGUUCAAGAAAGUUAUCAAGAAAACCCCACACCAAAAUAACAAGGAAGUCGUCUUUGAUGAGGCAAAGUUGAAAGAAGACCAAACUAAUUGGGUUGAAAAACCAACUAAAAAGUCCAGUGAAUCUCGAAAAUUGAGGUCAAGGUCAUGCAGUCCAGAUGCGGCUUCACGUAGAAAAGAGUCUUCUAGAUGCCGGGAGGAUGGCGACAAGUCGUCUUCAAAGAGGAAGAAGCACAAAAGCAGUUCACACCACGAUGAUAAGGAAAGAUCGAAAAAGAAGCGAAAAAAAUCAAAGUCAGAAAAGCGUAAGAAGAAAAAGAGUUCAGCUCACAACAGUGGCUCAGACAAAAACAGCGAACCAGAAGAGGGUGAGAUCACAGAGUCAGAGAAGGAAGAGAUGGAAUCUGUUCAGUCAUUUUCAUCACCUUCAGCAUCACCUCCCAAGGAAAGCCCAGAAUUAGAGAUGGAAAUACAGAACCAGCAAGCUUGGCCGCCCUGUGUUAGAGUGACAGUGGUCAGAUCUCCAGUUCUCCAGGUGGGCACGCUGUUCAUCAUCACAGCUGACUCUCCAGCCACCAUCGGCAGGGAGAAAGACAUGGACCAUGCCAUUCGAAUACCAGAGAUGGGAGUCAGCAAGUUCCACGUGGAGGUGUACUUCGACCAGGAGCAACAGGGCUACAUGCUGGUGGACCAGGGUAGCCAGAAUGGAACAGUCAUCAAUGGCAACCGAAUCUUACAGCCCAAAACUAAGUGUGAGCCAUAUGCACUGAUGCACGGUGACGAGGUGAAGAUGGGGGAGACUGUGCUCUCCUUCCAUAUCCAUUCAGGCACUGAUACAUGUGAUGGAUGUGAGCCGGGUCAGAUAAUGGCUCACCUCAGCAAGCACAAGAGAGAGGAAACUGCAGGCCCUGCUCCUACCAAAGAAGAUAAAGAGGCACUGAGGCAGAAGGAGCUGAAGCAGAUGAAGGCCAAAUAUGGCCUGCAGACUAAUGAGGAAGGCAAAACUUUGAAGAAUCCCAAAUACAAGGACCGGGCUGAGUCUCGACGACAGACGGUCGGCAGCGAGGGCGUUUUCCAACGAGACGACGCACCUGCUUCUGUUCACGAGGAAAUCAGUGAAGUCAAUAAAGGGCGGAAGAUGUUGGAGAAGAUGGGCUGGAAGAAAGGAGAGGGACUCGGUAAAGAGGGAACUGGAAUGAAAGACCCCAUUGAACUUAAAAUCAGGAAAUCCCAGUCAGGUCUAGGGGCUGGAGCUGCCAUGUCUCUAGACAAUAUGUCUGUGGCCACUUCAAAGUCCCACAAGAACUGGGAGAAGGCGCGUGAAAGAUUUGCCGACACCUGCCAGCCUGAAAUACAGGCAACCAAAGCACAGAACAAGUCCUGGGUCAAAGCAGACGAGACAGAUAUGACACAGACAGACACAUAGUGAGGGAUGAAUGUGACCUGCAGUAUGUAAAUCACCACGAGGAUAUGUAAAGCUUUUUUUACUUUUUAUUUGCUUGUCCAGCUUGUAAACUUAAAAUGUAUUUGAUCAAAUAAGAAUCUGAGAAAGUAUUACAUCACUGCGAUUCUUUUUUUCCAACACUUAAGCUGCUGCACAUCAACAGAACUGAUGUCACUUGCUGCCCUCCCCUAUAAGAAAGCUGUGUUAAAUAUUUACAGUGCACAACCUUUACAGCAGGAGAGGGAAAGACACUGAACGUGACCAUGCAUAUCUGUAGUUUACCUCCUGUAGGGUAAACUACAGUCAUGGUGCCUUCCAAGAGGACAGUCACCCAAAGCAAAUAUUGGCACAGUAACACUUUUAUUUCUCACAAUGAGAUCGCGCUUGUCAUGAGACAACCUGCAGAGCUCCUUAGACCUCAGCAGUCAGCGUUACUCCAGGCCCCGUAACGUGUGAACAUUUGCCAUAUUCUAGUUCCACACACUUUGCUUUUGUUUGCUGUCCAGAACAGUUCGCAAUAUCAUGUUAUUUGAAUGUAGUGUUUGCACAACAGCGCACACACAGAUCCCUCAUACCAGUCUAAGGGCAAACCAGUUUCAGUCCAUCUGUGUGCAGGCCUAUCUGUGGGUUCAUGUAGAGGGUGUGUGAAUAUUUGCAUGUGUGUGCAAGUGUUCGCUUGACGAGAGGCCAGUGUCACGGAAAGAGAAGGCCGGUGACUAGUUUACGGCACAGUUACAAGACGACGCCUUUUAAGUAAGCGAUAUUGUUCCCAACUCUGUGAUUGUAAAUCAGUAUUAAAGCCGUGAUCAGACUCA